CUUGCACUAAGGAACAAUGGCAUCUGACUUGGAGACUUCAGAGCAGCUGGAUGAAGCGGAAAAAAACAGCUAUGGAGAACCUGAACAGGAAAACCAUGCCAGCCCCACCGAUCUCUCAGAGCUCCUUAAGGAAGGGACCAAGGAAUCCCACGACCGGGCAGAAAACACCCAAUUUGUCAAGGACUUCUUGAAGGGCAACAUCAAUAAGGAGCUCUUUAAGCUGGCCACUACUGCACUUUACUUCACGUACUCUGCGCUGGAGGAGGAGAUGGAUCGCAAUAAGGACCACCCGGCCUUUGCUGCGUUAUACUUCCCCGCCGAACUCCACCGGAAAGAGUCCCUGGUCAAGGACAUGGAGUAUUUCUACGGGGAAGGCUGGAAGGAUCAGGUCCAGUGCUCAGAGGCCACCCGCACUUACGUGGAGCGGAUCCACCACGUCGGCCAGAACGAGCCCGAACUCCUGGUCGCUCACGCCUAUACCCGCUACAUGGGGGACCUGUCUGGGGGCCAGGUGCUGAAGAAGGUAGCCCAGCGGGCGCUGAAGCUGCCCAGCACCGGGGAAGGGACCCAAUUCUACCUGUUCGAGAACGUCACCAACGCCCAGCAGUUCAAGCAGUUCUACCGGGCCAGGAUGAAUGCCCUGGACCUGGACCGAAAGACCAAAGACAAGAUCGUGGAGGAGGCCAACAAGGCCUUUGAGUACAACAUGCAGGUGUUCAACGAACUGGACCAGAUUGGCUCCUCGUUGACUGAAGCAGCCCAGGAUGGAGAGGUCCCAGUGCACGAUGGAAAGGGUGACUUGAGCAAGUGCCCCUACUACGCUGCCAAGCUGGGUGCCAGCGAGGGCAGUGGCUGCCCCUUUCACCAGGCCGUGGCUCUGCUGCGGCAGCCCAGCCUGCAGCUCGUCCUCGCUGCCUGUGUGGCCUUGGCUGCCGGCCUUGCGGCCUGGUACGUCCUGUGAAGGAGCCCCCCGACCGGCUUCCUCGGGGAGCGAGCCCAGGCACCAGCUCCACCCGGGCCUGUCCGUCCAUCCGUCCCCCCACCCUUCCCUCUAUCCGUAACUAACCCACCACCUCAGGUGUGCGUGCGUGUAUGUGUGGUUUUGUUUUUUUUUUAAACGCUGGGUUUGAGAAGUCACCAAUAAAAGCCAGAUGCUAAAGCCAA